CGUUGUUUCAGCUGUGCCUGUCUCCGCGCCGCUUUUAUAUAAACUUUCUCCCAGCUUUAGUUUUUAUUUUCGUCCCUUUCUUCGUCGAACACACAUCUCCGAUUUUCUCAUCAUGACUCAACGCGAGGUUUUCAUUGCUGCUGCUAUCCGUACUCCUCUUGGUGGUUUUAACGGCUCGUUGGCUUCCCUGUCGGCAACCAAGCUCGGUUCGCUUGCUAUUGAAGCUGCCAUCAAGAAGGCCAACCUUCCUGCUGAAGCUGUUGAGGAAGUUGUCUUUGGCUGUGUCCUGACAGGAAACCUCGGUCAGAACCCUGCACGACAAGCUGCAUUGGGUGCCGGACUCCCUGACACCACCGUUGCUACCACUGUAAACAAGGUCUGUGCUUCGGGCAUGAAGGCUGUUGCGAUGGCUGCUCAGAGCAUCAUACUUGGCAAUGCCGAUGUCAUUGUCGCCGGUGGUAUGGAAUCCAUGACCAACACUCCUUACUACUUGCCCAAGCAGCGCUUCGGCUCGACCUAUGGCCAUCAAGAGGUGGUCGACGGUGUUUUGAAGGAUGGUUUGACGGAUGUGUACAAUGACUACCCCAUGGGUGUGGCUGCUGAAGAGUGUGCUGAGCGUCACGGUAUUACUCGCGAGAUGCAGGACGACUAUGCUGUCGAAUCGUACAAGCGUGCUCAGGCUGCUUUUGCUGCUGGCUACUACAAGGAUGAAAUUGUCCCUGUCACUGUCUCAGGUGGCCGCGGCAAGCCUGAUCGCGUGGUGGACACUGAUGAUGAAAUCAACAAGUUCAACGAGGCUAAACUUCGCGCAGUGCGUCCCGCAUUCAAGCCCAAGGACGGUACUGUUACUGCUCCCAACGCAUCGCCCUUGUCGGAUGGCGCAGCUGCUAUUGUCUUGGUCUCCCGCGAAGCUGCUGAAAAGUACAACUUGACUCUUAUCGCCAAGGUCUCUGGUUGGGCCGAUGCUGCUCAGGCUCCCAACAAGUUCACUGAUUCUCCUGCCCUUGCUAUUCCCAAGGCCAUCAAACAUGCCGGUUUGAAGGAGGAGGAUAUUUCCUACUACGAAAUCAACGAAGCGUUCUCUGUUGUCGCAUGCGCUAACGUCAAAAUGUUGAACAUCUCUACGGAUAAGGUUAAUGUCUUUGGUGGUGCUGUUGCGAUGGGCCAUCCUCUUGGCUGCUCUGGUGCAAGAAUCAUUGCUACGCUCUACUCCGUCUUGAAGCAGAAGGAUGCCAAGUAUGGCGCUGCUGGUGUGUGCAACGGUGGUGGUGGUGCUUCCGCCUUGGUUAUCGAACGCUUGUAAACAAUGCUGUAACAACUUGAAGAUUUGUGAAAGAACUUGACCUUUUAUGGUUUAUACUGGCUUGGCAAAGCAAAGAGUUCAUGCAUUAGAACACAAAUGCCCCUUUCACAAUCUUGCCUCCCUUUCCUCUG